CUUUCUCGAACCACCAACCAUUGCAGUGGGAACCUCUACCAUCGAUUGACUCUGUUCCCACUAUCCAGCUGUGCAUUUGUCGCUCGAACCAUUCAUCCUUGGUCGUUCCCGACGUGCAUACGUCUCUUAUGCACAUGCAACUUACCCGAAGUCUCUAGCCUGGGUUCACAGCGUUCACGUACAAUCAUCCAUGGUACAUCCUAUCCCUGCGAAUACCGCCAGAAAUGUAUGAGUCGGUGACUUGCAUGCCUUAUCAACGGACAAUCCUAUAGUCCUUGGCCAAACUCUGCAUCAGAAUCAACCUCCUCCUCUUGAGCUUCAGACCAUGUGCGGCUCUCGUUGUCUGUACAGCGACUAGCCGGAGCAAGAGAAGUGCAGCAGUGGCAGCGUCUCAAUGCUACGGCGACUGACAACGCGCGGUUUAUGGAACUACUAAACCGAUUUCUUUUCCGUCUCGUGGAAAAAAUCAACCAACCCCAGACCCUCCGUACCUCUCUGAUCGCCCUGGUCCUGAAACAAGUGGGUUGAUAAGUGGUCCCAACUACUUAGCAUCUGGCUACAGACUUUCUGGGCGUCGUACUCGCCGUUCAUCGUGGCUCCGGGACCAGUUCAGCCCGGCCGCAUGCUGACUUCCUCGGACAGGCAUCGCUAUCCCGUCUAACUUUUCUUGCAAGUCGCACUCCGGUAGCCCUGGCGCUCGACACUGUCGAAUCGCUGGUUCUGCCAUGCCCCAUACCAGCCGUCAAAUGGUCCUCUCGAUGCUGCACCAUCCUAGGAAUUCUCCACCAUUGCAUCUGUAUCCCACAAGUCACCACAUCAGCCGACACCCUCCACUAGUAGGCUGCUCGAGUACCACAUGUUCCGAUAUAUAUAUGCGGAAGAGACUACUCGGCAAGAUGUCUAGCCGUGUACUGUCGCAUAAUCUUUCUCUUCUUCUUCUUCCUUGGUAGGACUUCGUGUAUUUUGGUUGGAGUGCGAAGUCGGAUUGUCGGCAACUCUCUCAUUGUCUGCGUCGUGAUUCUCGCUCGUUCGGUUGUCUCGCACUCUUUGCGCCAUUCCAGUACAAUACCAACUAUCCAGAACCGUCCAGAAGAGGUGGAAGGUCUAGAGAGUGUGCAGUUGCCCUGUGGACCUAGAGACACAGUUGGCUGCUAUCCUUGAUCUCCAAACAUUAAGCCAUCACUUUAACGUUGCAAAGAUGAAGGGGAAAGCCGCCGCAGCGCUGUUGGUAUCGGCCACCUUGGCCGUGGCUAGACCAUUAACAGCCAGAGGUCUGAUUAAUGAUGCAGCUGGUCAGACUUACGACUACAUCGUGGUGGGUUGCGGUGUAUCCGGCCUCGUCGUUUCCUCAAGGCUGAGUGAGAAUGAGGACGUAACGGUCUUGUGCCUAGAAGCAGGCUCGCUCGAUCAUUAUGAGGACGAGAUCAUGAUUCCAUACUACAUUGGGCUACAGCCCUAUGGCUUCUACGAGUGGGGAAUAUACACAGCGCCCCAGACUCAACUGGACGGUGUCAGCCGUCACAUCCCAAUGGGUAAGGGGGUUGGGGGCUCCUCUCUCAUCAAUGGUAUGGUAUGGAAUCGGGGGAAUCAGCGGAGUUUCAAUGCUUGGAACGAUGUAGGAAAUUCCGGCUGGGGCUGGAAUGCGCUUCUGCCAUACUUUGAGAAGUCAGAAACUUAUACACCGAAGAAUUAUGACGGCGCAGAGGUGCAACCCGAGCUGCAAAACCCCAGUGUGCACGGAAACAGCGGGCCCGUCCAAGUUUCUUAUCCCAACUACUACUGGCCACAGACAGACAACUGGUUUGCGGCGCUUCACGAGCUCGGCAUUCCGACCUCUGCUGAACCCAACGAGGGCUUGAGCGCUGGUGGCUACUUCUUGCCGUUAGAUAUUGAUCCUAACAACCAGACUCGCUCUGACGCACGGCGUUCCUACUACGAUCCGAACAUUGCCCGUGACAAUUUCAACGUCCAAGCGAACUCGCAGGUAACUCGGGUCCUGUUCGAGCAGGACGAUCAGCUGAGAGCCACGGGGGUUGAGUUCGCAACUGGGCCGUCCUCCCCACGUCAGACAGCAUAUGCGAGCCGUGAAGUCAUCCUGGCCGCCGGCGCAAUCCACAGCCCCCAGCUCCUGGAGCUGUCGGGAAUCGGACAAGCGUCUGUGUUGGAAGCCGUUGGUGUUCAGGUGCUAGAGAAUCUCCCCGGGGUCGGCAACAACCUGCAGGACCAUGGCAUGAUCCAUCUGGAUUACGCCUACACGAACCCUUCGGUCUUGGAUAUUAGCGACUUCGCCAGCAACUCUACCUUUAACGAUCAGUCUGCUGCGGAAUAUUUUGGCAGCAAAACUGGGCCUUGGACAGCUAAGCCCAGUUGUGCCGUCGCAUUCCCUUCGCUCCAGCAGGUCAAUGAUGAUGCGGCGUCCAUGCUCGCCUCUGCCAGCGCGGCGCCGUACAACCUUCCGUCGACGUACGACGAUGAGCCCACUCUCCAAGCAGGUUAUGAGCGCCAGAUUGCCAGUGUUCUCGACGAAUUGGCUAACGAGGACAUUCCCGCGUUCGAGAACUUGAACAACAAUGCAGGCGGAUUGGAUCUGGCUCUCAUGAGGCCGCUUUCCCGUGGCACAACGCACAUCACUUCGACGGAUCCUUUCGCAUCUCCCAGUGUCGACCCCCGAUGGCUGGCCCAUCAGUUCGACUACGACGUCAUGAUUCUGGCAAUGCAAGUGAACCAGCGCAUUCUGGACACGGCCGCGAUUCAAGAACUACAGCCUUCGUAUAGUCAAGUCCCGCAGGACGCCACGGUUGAUGAACUUGGACAGAUCUUGCGCUCCGGCAUCGGGACUGAAUACCACUACUCAUGCACGACCGCCAUGUUGCCCCGUGAACUCGGCGGUGUGGUGGAUGACCAAUUGCGUGUGUAUGGGACCAGCAAUCUCCGUAUCGUGGACACUGGAAUUUAUCCCAUGGUUCCGGGGGCACAUCUGCAAGCAGUGGCAUAUGGCGUUGCUGAAAAGGCCGCCGACCUGAUCAAAGCCGCUCAAUGAGACUACGCCAGCAGCCGAACAGUUUACAAAAGAAGAGGGUGACGUUGCUCACGACUGCGAUCCAAGUACGUUUCGACAGAAUAUGAAGAAUGAUUUCACGAACCAUUUUACACGUUGGGGUUUGGCUGGAUGGACCCAAGAAUGUUUAAUCUUAUUAAUGACAAAUGUCCCUCUAUGUGAUAAAUGCAGACUGGGCCACGCUUCGACCUUGAUAUACUACAAACCUACAUUUAUGCUCACCAUACACAUAGAUUAUGCAUAUACACAGGCAUGUACGCUUUACGCGUGGAGAAUGACUCUCAGAAUGUAUGUGUGGCUUGCGAGGGUGUGGGAUGUAUCCACCAACAAGGGUUAGGAUCAUAUUAUUGUUCUAGCUUCGCUACUACUAUCUCACUCCUGAGCAGCGGCUGCCGCAGCCUCGAGACUCAACCAGAAAUCCAACCAUAUCCGCUGAUCCUCUGGCACCUCCUGCCCAGGCCUCUUGUAACAACAACUCUCAAGGACGCGACGAAUAUUCUCACGAAGGACCUUGACAGCCAUCAACUGUCGCCAAUGCCUGACCGCGAGCUUGACUUUACCGGAAUCCAAGACCAGGACGCCAGCGUAGAAUUUGAACUCGGUGUCGCUGCCGAGCAACAACGCCAAUGCGGACUCCGGGACCGCCGAGGUCUCAAAAACGUUCAAAUUGCCACUGCGGCUGUUCUGCAUGGCCUCGUAGAAGGACAGCCACCGCGGCGGUUUGGGGCUGUUGCUGGGAUGAUUGACGGAGCGCGCGGUCAACGAUACCUGCUGGUUCGUGUAGACGUUGCGCCAGCCUUUGCCUUCACGGGUCAAGAUGCGAGGAUAGACGGCCAUGGCGAUGAGAGAAUUGAGUGCUCUGUCCGGAUGGUCUUGAGUUUGAUAACGUGGCGGAAUGGUGUAGAAGGAGCCUCCGGAUCCGAAUCCAGAUCCGGCGCGCGCCGACGAUGUUCUGGCACGGUUCAAAGCGGCUUUUUCUUCGCCCGAUAAGAUCACCAUUCCCGCGUCGACGAGAUACACAAGUAAUUGAAUCCUCUGGUCUUCGAUCUGCGCCAUGGCUUGGUCGGAGAUAUGGUUCUUGCGACAAAACUCGUGCGCGGACCGGGCGACUCUCGCUCUUCGCCAUGCUUCGUAGGCGUUGUAGGAUGAUAGGAGAUCUGAGUCGCCGCGGCUGAAUGUCUGUCGGGCAUCCCCUGCUUGGGACGAGGAAGCUCCAGAAGAUGAGGACACAAACGGAGAUUUCGAAGUCAACAAUGCAAUAAUGGCCAGGAUUGGGUCCAAGCAUUUGAAAAUGACGCCGAAAAUAGCCAACUUGGCCAACGACACUUCGAGCGGUAGCCGGGCAAUCUGCUGGCCCAAGGGAGUCAGGGCCUCUGUCUUGGUCAGCGCCCCUGCGUCCUUGAGCUUCUCAAUGGCCCGCAACACAUUUUUUCUGGAUGGCGGGUCAAUGGCCGCAUUGAGAGUCUCUUCAAUCGAGCCCAGAUCCCACACUUUGAUGCGGAGGAUCGGAUCCUGUAGUCCCAGUCGUAACAUCUCGGGCACCUGUUGUUCCAGCAUUUGAUGGUCGUGUCGAUGUCUCGUGACCAGAUGGUAACAGAGACCCUCUUGGACUCGAGCGGCGCGGCCGCGUCGCUGGCGUGCCGAAGAUCGCGAGAUAAAGCCUUCUGUCAACCGAGAUAACUGACGUCUUUCGUCGAACCGCAUUACUUUCUCCUUGCAUGUGUCGAUCACGGCCGUCACGUCCGGAAUCGUGAUUCCCGUUUCGGCGAUGUUGGUGGCAAUCACGAUCUUGCGGCAUCCUGGAGGUGGUCGCUCAAAUGCCUUUUCUAGGUCUUCGGUGGAGAAUGUCGAAUGCAAAAGAUAGACUACCCAGUCCCUGGCAAAUGUGUCCACCGACACUAAGAGAUUGUGCAGGCGCCGCAUCUCGCCAAUCCCCGGCAUGAAGAUGAGAAUCGCGCUGCUGUACUUGGCCAGUUUUGGUUUCGUGGCAAUAGCUGCCGCAAGCUUGACGAUCAGGUUGUAGUCGAUGCGAUAUUCGUCCAUGUUGGACAAGAUUUGUAGUGUCCUGCUACUGUAUGCUUCUGGGUUGGUCACGACCGGCCGUCCCUUUUCGUUGCCGGAGAAGAACUCGUCUUGGUUGUCGUCGUCUUGUAUGGUGGCCAAUGCCUUGUCCCCCUUCACGUCGUUUGUUGCUUCCACGGCGUCUUCGAGGAACCCGACUUCAACGGGGAACGUCCGCCCCGGAAGAUCCAACACGGGCGCACCACCAAAGUAAUCCGAGAACUUCUUCGCAUCCACGGUCGCCGACAUCAGCACGAUUUUCAGCGUGCUCCGCCUUUUCUGCAGUUUCUUCAGCGCGAUAAACAGCAGAUCCAAAUCCAUGGUGCGCUCGUGGACCUCGUCCAGGAUCAAAAAGUCGAGCUCGUCCAGGUCGGGUGACUCCUCGAGCAUCCUCAGCAGCACGCCGGUCGUGGCGUACGUGAUGCGCGUGGUAUUGCUCGUCUUGGACUCCAGCCGGAUCGCGUACCCAACAAGAGACCUGGCCGUGCCAAGGUCGUUUCGAGCCUCCCCCAGUUCUUGUGACACACGCCUCGCGAGCGUCACGGCCGAGAUUCUCCGCGGUUGCGUGACGAGGAUGCGGCAGUCUCGGCCCUGGAUGAACUCCUGCUCUAACAGCAACACGGGUAUGCCGGAAGACUUGCCGGCACCUGUCUCGGCACAAAUCACGCUGACCGCGUUGUCAGUCACGCAUGAAAGGAUCAUAUCUCUAAACUGGUGGACGGGAAGCUGACGGCGGACUUCGAGCAUGCUUUUGAACGCAGGUCGCGAGCUUCGCAUUUCCCAUUCUCUGGAGACUGUGUCCGGGUCCCAUCUCGCUGGUUUGGGACGUUGUGUCCGCCGCCGAUCGACUAGAGCAUCUGACUGCCGAGGCCGUUCUGCGUGCUGUAAUCGAACCUGUUCCUGAUUUGCCUUUAUUUUCUCUUGUGUUUCAUGUAUAAGGCCACGAAUUCGACGGAGACUUUGUUUGUGCUCUUCGUCAAUCAAUUUUUGUUUCGAGUCCGUUAGAUCCUUAAGCAGGUCUCUCCAAACCGUGGGAAGACGACUCGUCGCCUUCAGCUCCUUCGCGCCUAGAGACGACACAAGAAACAGCCCUAGUGCACACACGUACGCCUCGGACUGCGCACUGCUCGCUGCAGCCAUGCUGACCAUUUCCAACUUCCACAGGCGCGGAUCCGUUUGUACUGUCACCUCGGAUGGUAGUGCGUUCGUGGUAUGAGGUCCCGGGAGGACGUCGAUGGUCCAAGAAAUGUCCAGACUGUGUCUGGCCGAUUGCGACGUCUGGUGUAGUGUCCGUAACGAAAUCCGUGCCCGCGAAUCAUGGCCCUUGCAUAUGUCGUCGAGGAGCUUGCGCGGAGAUACUCCGGUCCACUUGCCGAAAUCAAUCAGUUUGACCUGUUGCUUGUCCGAACCAUCUUGCUCAGUGGAAACAGCUUCAUCGCCGGCCUCGAACAUCCCGCCUAACAAUUCGUCGUCGGCUUCGGCGGAAGUCUCCGGCUCUUCAACAGACACAUUUUCUUGUUCACGAGGAGGUGCC